AUGGCGAAUAGCACCACAAUGUUUACAGCAACUGAUAUUAAGGCAAUGUAUGUGUUGGGGGAUUCGACAGUUGAUUGCGGCGAAAACACUCUCUUUUUCCCUUAUCUUCUUCAUAACAUGUCUUUACACCCUUGUGAAGGUCCUCCUUCAUACAAUAUUGUUCCCCAUCUUCUUGCAAAAAAGAUUGGAUUGUCAUAUCCAAUACCAUUCUAUAGACAGAAUGGAUCAGCCGAUGUGCUUCAACUUGGAGUAAACCUCGGGUCAACCGGUGCAACUAUCAUGAGCAACCCGACCAACCCAGUUCUACGGUCCCUAAACCAGCAGCUUCGUCAGGCAUUUGAGAUAUUUCAAUUACUACAACUAGAACUUGGCCAAGAAACCGCCAACGACUUUAUCCAAUCCUCUACUCUCUUUUACCUCUCUUUUGGAAAAGAUGAUUAUGUUGAUCUAUUUCGUGGUACUAAUGCCAAGGAUCCAGAAUCAAAUGCAGAAAAAUUAUCCCGUGUUUUGGUAGAUCAAAUGACUAAUGCUAUCCAAUAUCUUUAUGGUUCAAGUGUGAGGAAGUUUGUACUUAUGGGGGUGCCGCCUUUAGGAUGCACUCCAAGGUUUUUGCAUUCAAUAAAAGAUUCAGAGAAUGAUGGUCUACAUGGAGAUAGGGUCGUUUGCGCAGAUGACAUCAACAACUUUGUUUUGGAGUACAAUGCUUUUCUAGAACAACGCAUUGUUCGCCUUAAUAUGGAAUUAGCCGGCGCUCAGUUGAUCUUUUGUGAUGUUUAUCGCGCAAUCAUGGAGAUCAUAAAUAACCCUGACACCUAUGGAAUCAACAAUGUGAAGAAUGCAUGUUGUGGAGUGGGGAUGAGUGGGUGCAUGUCAAUGACCAUGGCUUGUGCAGACCCUUCGGCGUACGUGUGGUGGGAUCUCUACAACCCAGGACAUGUAGUUAGCUCACUGAUUACUGACUCGGUCUGGUCUGGUGAAAAUUUGCAAGACAUAUGUCACCCUACAACUGUCCAAAAAUUGGUUUCUCCAAAAUGA